CUCAGGGGGUCGAGGGGGUGGGGCCUGCGGGCGGCUGGGACCGGCCCCGGCCUGGAUCUGGAGCCGGGAGGGUCGAGCCUCCCAGCCAGGACCGAUGGGCGGGGCCCAGGUCUACAAAGAAAUCAGCCUCCUGGGCCAUGUUGGUGUUAAAGCCUGUUUCUUCUCCUGAGCCCCAGCCGAACACAAGUGGAUGAUUUCUCUUGUCUGAGCAAGAGAUGGCAUAAUCCCUGGAAAAUCUCUACCACUAGCUUCUGAGGUUUAAAAGCCAGCUGGAUGAAGGGAUGUAACACGUGCCUGGGAGGGACACUGAAGUCAGCAGUGGGGGGGGAGGGGCCCGGACACACCCCUUCCCCCCCCAGACUCCUCCCCAUCAGGGUCCACCACGCGGCCAUGGACUUUGGACCUGGAUAAGUGGAGAGAAGCUGUACUUUGGUGGAUCUGAUUCUCAGUUUUGGAAAUGAAGUAUUGGCGGUUAGAGGGAGGCGUUGUUGAUGAUCUCCAGGGAAGCAACAGAGAGAAGAAAAGAAAGGGCAUGAUAUGUUCUAGAAGACUUCCUCAUCCUCCUGGCCUGUGAGUGAAGCACCCAAAGCACUGAGGAGGUGUGCUGCAUUGAUUGAUUGACAUCUCGUUCUAAGUGUCAGGUACAUGGCAUCUUCCUACUGUCAGCCUAGAAGAAUAAACCCUUAGACUGUGGGGAACUGAGCCGGGCAGGCCGAAGGCAGCCUUGAGCCCUCCCUCGCCUGCCCUCCCCUGUGGGGGCCAGGAUGCUGAAGAAGCAGUCUGCAGGGCUUGUGCUUUGGGGUGCUAUCAUCUUUGUGGGCUGGAAUGCCCUGCUGCUCCUCUUCUUCUGGACACGUCCAGCACCUGGCAGGCUGCCCUCCGACGGUGCCCUUGGUGAUGACCCUGCCAGCCUUACCCGUGAGGUCAUCCACCUGGCUGAGGACGCUGAGGCGGAGUUGGAGCGGCAGCGGGGACUGUUGCAGCAAAUCAAGGAGCAUUAUUCUUUGUGGAGGCAGAGGUGGAGAGUGCCCACUGUGGCCCCUCCAGCCUGGCCCCGUGUGCCUGUGACCCCCUCACCAGUGCAGAUCCCCAUCCUGGUCAUUGCCUGCGACCGCAGCACUGUCCGGCGCUGUUUGGAUAAGUUGUUGCACUAUCGGCCCUCGGCCGAGCGUUUCCCCAUUAUUGUCAGUCAGGACUGUGGGCAUGAAGAGACAGCCCAGGUCAUUGCUUCCUAUGGCACUGCGGUCACACACAUCCGGCAGCCAGACCUGAGUAACAUUGCCGUGCAGCCGGACCACCGCAAGUUCCAGGGUUACUACAAGAUUGCCAGGCACUACCGCUGGGCACUAGGCCAGAUCUUCAACAAGUUCAAAUUCCCAGCCGCUGUGGUAGUGGAGGAUGAUCUGGAAGUGGCCCCAGACUUCUUUGAGUACUUCCAGGCCACCUACCCGCUGCUGAGAACAGAUCCCUCCCUUUGGUGUGUGUCUGCUUGGAAUGACAAUGGCAAGGAGCAGAUGGUAGACUCAAGCAGACCCGAGCUGCUCUAUCGAACAGACUUUUUUCCUGGCCUUGGAUGGCUGCUGUUGGCUGAUCUGUGGGCAGAACUGGAGCCCAAGUGGCCCAAGGCCUUCUGGGACGACUGGAUGCGCAGACCUGAGCAGCGGAAGGGGCGGGCUUGUAUUCGUCCAGAAAUUUCAAGAACUAUGACCUUUGGUCGCAAGGGUGUGAGCCAUGGGCAGUUCUUUGACCAGCAUCUUAAGUUCAUCAAGCUGAACCAGCAGUUUGUACCCUUCACGCAGUUGGACCUGUCGUACCUGCAGCAGGAGGCCUAUGACCGGGACUUCCUUGCCCGGGUCUAUGGUGCCCCCCAGCUACAGGUGGAGAAAGUGAGGACCAAUGAUCGGAAGGAACUGGGGGAGGUGCGGGUACAGUACACGAGCAGAGAUAGCUUCAAGGCCUUUGCUAAGGCCCUGGGUGUCAUGGAUGACCUCAAGUCUGGUGUCCCCAGGGCUGGCUACCGUGGCAUUGUCACUUUCCAGUUCCGGGGCCGGCGUGUCCACCUGGCACCCCCACAGACGUGGACUGGCUAUGAUCCUAGCUGGAAUUAGCAGCACCUGCCUUUCUCUCCUGGCUCUCCUUGCUGUGUGAUGAGCCGAGGCAGGCCUGCCUGUCCUGGGCUAUACCAUCGUGCCGGUGUCUCCCUCGUGGAUCUGCAGAUCUUCCUUUUCUGUCCUGGCCAUUCCCCAAGUGGCAUUCUAGUGCACAAAUAAUAGGAUGAGGGUUAUACUCCUGUUGUCAAGGGAGUAUUGUGUGGUAUGGUCAGGGCGUAUUGAACAAGAACCACUGUGUGGUAUGGGGAGGCUUGGGCCUGUUGGGGCCAGGCUUGUAGUGUCUUGAGUUCUCCCCAAGGCCCAAGGGCAUCUGUGGAGGGCGUGGCAGCUCCAGCUCUCCUCACCAGGCCUCUAGUCCCCAGUCUGGCUCCUGUCAGUCCACGAGCCCACUUUGUGUACCUGUCCCCCGUCCCCACCUUCCUCCAGCGUGGGGCCCGAUGAUGGAAGAAGGAAAGGAUGUGUGGUCAAGUGAGACUCACCACAGGGAGUUAGGGAGUCACGGUUGGGUUGGCUGGCUGGGUGGCCGGCUCACUGCCUCCUGGCUUCUCUCCUGCUGCCUUCGCUCUUGCCCUGCAGCAGAGCAGUGUGGGGUUGUGAGAUGGGAAGUAGGAAUGAAAGCAGGACUGACUUCUCCAGUGGCGGAGCCGCUUGUCAGGAGCGGAGGCAGGCGGAAGCCUGUGCGUGGUCACCCCCUUCUUGCCCGUGGCCCUCCUCCUUUCUGAAAGCUAGUUCCCUCCACAUUCUUUAGGAGGAAUCAGUGCCAGCCCAGUGGAGGACAGUGGGUCCCAUGCCUCUUCUCCCCUGGGGUUUGGUACAGAGGAUCCUCCCUGAGGGAUUGCUCCUGGUGGCUGCCUCAGCUGAGACCAGGACAGCCAUGGCCCUGAGCUGGUCCUGUCCUCGGCCUUCCCCGGCCUUCCCACAUCUUCCCAGGCCAAGAUGCAGGUGGCAGGUCGGAGAAGAGUUUGUGUGUCUUUGUUGCCUGAUCUUAGUUUCAUGGAAGAAAAUGGAAUCCACAGAAUUAUUUUCAAAAAUAAAAGUAAAGGCUGAA